AGAGCAAAAACCAAGCAAUGAGGUUGAAGGAAUUGUCCGUAGCACUUUGAGACAGGAUUGUAUCGAGGCACAGCUCUGGGGAAGGGUACCAAAACAUUUCUACAGCAUUGAAGGUCCCCAAGAACACAGAGGCCUCCAUCAUUCUUAAAUUUAAGUUUGGAACCAAGAAGACUCUUUGGCUGCCCUGCCAAACUGAGCAAUCGUGGGAGAAGGGCCUCAGGGAGAUGACCAAGAACCCGAUGGUCACUCUGACAGAGCUCCAGAGUUAGUCUGUGAAGAUGGGCAACCUUCCAGAAGGACAACCAUCUCUGCAGCGCUCCACCAAUCAGGCCUUUAUGGUAGAGUGACCAGACGGAAGCCACUCCUCAGUAACAAAGCUCCGUUGUCAUGAGUCUGCGCAACACUGCCAGGACCUAGGAUCAAAGGAGACACUCAAGAAGAAGUGUGAGGCUUCUUACCGGAGGGUACUAUAACCACUCCUCCAAUGCCAAGUCCUCCAACGACCAGACCUACUCAAGCUUCUCCUACAGGGAGAGCCCAGUGAAGAAGUGGGUGUGACACACACACACACACACACACACCAGGAGGUUGAUGGCACCUUAAUUGAGGAGAACGGGCUCAUCGUAAUGGAAUACAUGGAAUGAUCAUCCAACUCAUCAAACACAGGGUUUCCAUGUGGUUGAUACUAUUCCAUUCACUUCAUUUCAGCCAUUAUUAUGAGCUGUCCACCCCUCUGCAGCCUCCUGUGAUGUACACAGCUAUGUACCGCAAACUCCUGUGUGUGUGUGUCAUGAAAUCUACCCCAAUCCCAGAAUUAUUACUUUUUAGUGUAGCAUCUAUUUGGCCUCUAAUUAAAUCUCUCUAUUUGGCCGAAUUUGUGUGGUUUGAUUAUUGUUCUAAUACUGCUGUGAUUAAAUCAGAUUUUAUCAACCAAAGCCCCAAAAUAUGCUAAUUCCACUUUAUCUGCUGACGCAGCCAGGUGGGUGAUUUUUCAUUCGGACUCGCUAUUGUUAAUAAUACAGAUUACUCAUUCAUGUGUGAUUUACAUGUGGCUUUAUGUGGCUGGCUGGCUGUCUUUUCAGAGUUAGUGAAAAGAAGGUGUUGUGCCUGUCAGGGUCUUUCAGCGGUGGAGGAACAGUUUCCUCUGCAUCAUAGCCACAGAGGAACAGUUUCCUCUGCAUCAUAGCCACGGAGGAACAGUUUCCUCUGCAUCAUAGCCACAGAGGAACAGUUUCCUCUGCAUCAUAGCCACGGAGGAACAGUUUCCUCUGCAUCAUAGCCACGGAGGAACAGUUUCCUCUGCAUCAUAGCCACGGAGGAACAGUUUCCUCUGCAUCAUAGCCACGGAGGAACAGUUUCCUCUGCAUCAUAGCCACGGAGGAACAGUUUCCUCUGCAUCAUAGCCACGGAGGAACAGUUUCCUCUGCAUCAUAGCCACGGAGGAACAGUUUCCUCUGCAUCAUAGCCACGGAGGAACAGUUUCCUCUGCAUCAUAGCCACGGAGGAACAGUUUCCUCUGCAUCAUAGCCACGGAGGAACAGUUUCCUCUGCAUCAUAGCCACGGAGGAACAGUUUCCUCUGCAUCAUAGCCACGGAGGAACAGUUUCCUCUGCAUCAUAGCCACGGAGGAACAGUUUCCUCUGCAUCAUAGCCACGGAGGAACAGUUUCCUCUGCAUCAUAACCAUGGGGCCAACAAAGGACUGAUCUUAGUCAUGCACAGCACAGAGCACUGCCUGCCUGUCUGUCUGUUCAUCCAUAUAGCACUAUGCCAGUGAAGCCUUGCUUGAUAUUGUCAUGAGAUCUCCUUGAAAACCCCUAAUUAUUCACGAUGACCUACCCACACGUGUCCAGGAAACCUUGAGGAUCUAUUACCAAAGGUAACCUACACAUGCAUGAGCAAACACACACACUACGGGCUCGAGUGGUAGAAGUCAAAUAUCAGUGAACACAACCUGCGAACACAAUCUCCUUGCAGACUGUUGUCAUGGAAACAUUGAUGAAAUGCACAAACAAAUGUCUUUUAGCCUGUAUAUUUCACCCCUCUACUGCCAUUUCACCUCUCCAAGGGCCCUGCUUAAUUCUAGGGCUGUAAAUAGAAAGAGUAGUUUGGCCGUUCUGCUUUCAAUAAAAAAAAACAUGAUGAUGCUCUCUCAGGUGACAGUAUGUCAAUCACAGGAGGUUGGUGGCAUCUUAAUUGGGGAGGACGGGUUCGUGGUAAUGGCUGGAGCGGCAUCGGUGAAAUGGUAUCAGAUACAGGACACCAAACACAUGGUUUCCAUUUUUUCCAGGUGUUUGGUGCCAUUCCAUCUGCGCCGCUCCGUCCACUACUAUGAGCCGCCCUCCCCUCAGCAGCCUCCACUGACAUCCAUCCAUAACAGACACGUUUAAUGAGAUAGACAGGGCAGAAGUGAAGUGCCCCUCUGUAGGUCUCUCUCCUGGUGAGUGCAGCUGUUUAAAUGCAGACCCCCAAAAGGACAAGCCGGGACAACGCUGUAAUGGUGGCAAUAGAGCGUGGACAGAAUACAUUUUAUAUGAGUCUGAAUUGACCGUCGUUUAUCUACAGCUGGUACGUAGAUGCCACAAUUAUUAUCCCCCCCCCCUUCUUUUUGUCAUUCUUCCGCUAUUUCUCAUCUCCUCCCUUGCCUCAUCACAUCAAUCUCUCUCUCUCUCUCUUUCACCCUCUCUCUCCCCUUCUCUCUGUUCUCCUGAGCAGCUCGCAGGCAAGCGAUUGAUUGCUUCCCAGACCUGACUAACGUCACAGCUGUUACUCUCUCUCUCACACACACACUCACUCAAUCACUCACUCAAUCACUUACACACACUCGCACAGAGAAAGAAAGAGGCACACACACACAUCCUCCUAACUAUCUUCUCACACGUUUCCAGGUACACAGUCAUACACACAGCACUGUCCUCCUCUCACAAACUGGAUAGUUCCUGCAAGAUUUCUACAGUGUUUACGAAGUGUCAAGGAGCGCUGCUGCCUGCUGCCGGUAGACUGACCACUGCUCUGUCUGAGUGUCUGAGAUCCAGACCUACCUGUGCAGGUUGACUCCCCAAGCCAGAGAGCGAGAGAUCAUGGAGGGGGAGGAAGGUGUGAUAGGGGACCCUCCCGAGCCGGGAAACCCCCUCCUCCAGGCCGUGUUCCUCUGCCGCCUGCGCCUUACACGUCUCCUUUUGGAGGGUGGAGCCUACAUCAAUGAGAGCGACGGGCGUGGCCAGACGGCCCUGAUGGUGGCCUGUAAGACGCGGCACGCCGACAGGCAGAGCGCCAGCCGCACCCGCAUGGUCCAGUACCUGCUGGAGAGCGGAGCCGACCCCAACAUCCAGGACAAGGCGGGCCGCUCAGCCCUGAUGCAUGCCUGCCUGGAGAAGGCUGGGGCCGGGGUGGUGUCCCUGCUCCUGGCCAGUGGAGCGGACCCGGGCCUGGAGGACCAUUCUGGGAGCUCAGCGCUGGUCCACUCGGUCACGGCCGGCGACAAGGAGGCUCUGAAGGUACUGCUGGACACCUGCAAGGCCCGAGGGAAGGAAGUGAUCAUCAUUACCACCAACACACUCCCCUGUGGGACGUCCAGGACCAAACAGUACCUCAACGUGCCCCCUCUCACCCCCCUUGACCAGGGGGGAGGGCUGCACCUGACGGCUGCUCCUCCUUGCGCCUCACCCUCUGAGAUCCAGCUCCUCACCUCCCCUCAGUGCACCUCCUCCUCCUCUCAUCCUCCUCACCAAGUCUUUAACUUUAAGGAAGACCAGUGUUCUGGGUGUGAGACAGUCAGCUCCCAGCCUGACCCCCAGUCACAUGCUCCCGUUCUGGAGCAGAGCAGGGUGGAAAGGCUGAUGCAGCCCCUCCAGAGGCUGAACUCAGAGCCCUGGCUGAGGAUUCCUGCCACUCUACUGGCCCUGCAACCUGACGCUGCUCCCUCGUCCUCAGAUGACCUCCCAGACAUCAGCCCAGAGGAGGAACUCUCCCUCAUGACCAGCAGGUUGGGCUGGAACAACUACGACAACAGCGCCCCUAUCUGGUACAACUGCAGUACUGACCUGGAUAACAACACUUCUAAUGUUAUUAGCUUUAGCAAGUCUGAGGGGAGGUUGAAUGAGGAAGAGGUAGGGGAAAGGGAUCAGAGGGAGGAGGAAGAGGGGCUGUUGGUGCGUAAGUUGUCCUUUGCCGGCCUCUCUUCGCCACACUCUGCCUCCAACCCAAACCUCCACUCAUACAGCAUCGGGACAGGCCAAGGUCCCCCUUACCCAUCUUUCUCCACUGGUACCAAACUCCGCGGCUGCCCCCUCCCCCUUCCUAUGUCCAGCCUGCGCAGCAUCAUCCAGAGACGCCACCUGGGUGCCGACCACUACAACUCUGACCCCCAGCUGGCUGUGCCUACCGGGGGCUUCCCCGAGGAGGGCCGAACCCCGCUGGAUAGCAGGAGACAGGCCACUUCCCGCUCCUCCACCCUUCUGACCUCCAGGGAAUCACUGGUGGCCCCAAACCUGACCAAGAGAGCCCUCUCUGGGCUGGAGCGUCAGGGCUCAGGGGCCCUCCUCCUGGGCCACAUCUCCCAGACCCGCCCAGGUUGCCUGCCGCCCCUGAACUCUCACCACCACACCCCCAUCCCUCACAUCGUUGGAGUCGCCAACCCCAGCCCCUGUGUCCUGGGCAGCAGUCCCAGCAGUAGGGCUGUCUGCCGGGAGGUAGCAGGCCUGAGGCCCCUCCUCCCCUCAGCUCCCUCCGGCCUCCCCAGAGACCUGAGGACCAGGAGGAUGCUGCUGAGGAGACACUCCAUACAGACAGAGCAGAUCAAGUAGCUGGGAGACUUUGAUGGGAUGUUUGGCCACUGAGAUCCAGCAGUGUCUGAUAAACCAGUUUCUCAAUAUUGAUCCUGGGGACACAUGAGUGGAGCCUAUAUCUGCUAACUUAAAGGCAUUGAAAAACACCUACAGUGCAUUCGGAAAAUAUUCAGAUCCUUUUAUAUUUUUCACAUUUUGUUACGUUACAGCCUUAUUCUAAAAUUAUUAAAUU